AUGCCUCAACCAAAUCGUCCAGGUCUGAUUCUAGUAAGCAAUGACGACUUGAUCAGAGCCCUCGGAAAGGAUGCAUCAGACUCAGCAGUGGCCAAUGCUCUGAGUCGGCUCGAUCAUAACCUUGAUCUCUUCUUCACGCAACUUCAUUUGGCUGACAUUCUUGGAUGCCUCAACAUCGUGAUCGCCUCGGACCAAGGCGAGUUCCUGAUUCCACUUGUAUCAUAUUUAAAAAAUAGCGGGCCACCCUACAGGGGAUCGCAACAGAUCGUCGAAGUGCAAAGGAAAGGUUUUACAAAGACCUCAAAUCGUUUCGACUUGAGCGAGAACGUUAAUCUGGGCAACGCAAGAGUCGAGAACGGUCCAGUGAUGAAAAUUUUUGGCAAUGGAUCAGAUGUUGAAGAAAUCCUCCGACAAUUCUCUACUGUUGACAAAGACAUAUUGCGUGUGUUCACAAGGCUCUCUGCUCCUCCAAGGUGGCAUUACAGUGGCUCCUCAGAAGCUGUCGAUGUGCUCGUAGUCGGCCAAAACGGAAAUGAUCUCUGUUGGAAAUGCAAUGGAGAAGCAGUUGCCGCACUGACGGCAGUAAGCGAAUAUCAGGAUCAACAUAUGCAGACGAUUUUUUACGCUUCGGGGCCAUCGAUCAGGAGCGCACUGACGCUGCCUCCAUUUCAGAACAUCGAGUUGAUGAACCUAUGGAUCGAACUCCUCAAGUUGGAGUAUGUGCCAAAUAACGGUACCAUUGCUUUUGCAAAACAGAUUCUAUGGAAACCACAACCUAGGUUGGAAAGGAGAAAGUUCGGGAUCAGAGAAUGCCCGUUCACGAAUGAGGAAUCGGUGAUUGAUUGCGGUGGCUGCUCUGUGCUAAGACGGGUAAGACUAAGAAAUUGGAUGCUUACGUGUGCCCAGCCCAACCGACAUCUCGUUCUGCCUUCGAGCUCUUCUUCGUCAGUCUGCUAUCAAAAAUUCUGCGAGAAACUCAUCAUUACCGGAAUGAAUGAAGAUGAGUCAGUGGCUCUGGUAGAGAUAUUUCAUCAAAACAACACUGUCACAUCAUCGCAGUUCGAGUGCCGUUUCGUGAGUUCUCGCUAUGAUGCCGAAUGUCCUACAAUAACUGUCUCAGAAGGUCACGAAAUACGAACACUGUCAGCCAACCCCAGAAAAGUACUUGCACGCAUUGCUACUAUUCAAGUUCCUUGGGAUGUGUCUUUCAUUAAAGACGUGCUUGAUCCUCUCAACUCCUACACUCUGGCGAAGUCGAGGGAAUUUGGCCGCGUUAUCUGCAUCACUGGGACAGCAUUUGAUCGUAAUCUUGACGGAAUAGCUGAUGCAAACAAAACCGGUUCGCCGUCUCAUCUGUACCGAGUUCUCAUAAGAUGCUCAUCAGCAUGGUCCUUGAAUGGAUUCAACUGUCGAAAUCCAUUCCGAACUGAAGUUCUCGCCUUCAUUUUUCCGCACACAAAGGGUGACGCAAACGGCAUGGCCCCCGAAAAGCUCCUUUUACAAUAUACGGCUCGUCUUAAAGAUGUCGAACUGAUCGCGGGCAUUGAAUUUGACCUGCCUAUGGUUCCUGCCAUGUAUAUGAUGCAUUUGAAGCUGAACGUCGUAACACAGCUAUGGUAG